AUGACUCUUGUUACGAUAUUGUCCAUUUUGUUGAUUUUAAACGUAUUUGGAGUACGUUCAGAGGGGGCUAAUUACAUGGGGGGGGGUCAAAAUGGGGAUCCAUGUCUGUACAUCAACGUAUUCAAGAAGCCCCUGUGUUAUAGAUGCUACGUAUUUAAACCAAGGGAAGGCAAUGGCAUCAAGUGCUGCCGCUACUACCUGCAAAAACGAGUGGAGCCAAAACUGGACAAGCUAUAUUCCCUGCAAGAUAUCAUGAAGAACACCCUGAACGAACAGGAUAUGGAUGACAUGACGAAUUUAUUUCCAGUGUUCAACGAAAAAUUGUUAAAAAUAAAUAAUAAUUAUAAAUCUGGGGGUCUUAACAAGGGAAACAACAUCAUUACCGACAUUGAUGACUUAGAAAUCGAGUUCAACAAUAAAUACUUCAACUUGAAGGACAUAAAGGUUAACAUUUUAAAUGGAAGCAACAGUAGCAAAGGGGAAGACAAAACGGAACAUGAGGACUAUUACAAUAUCAUAAAAGGGGCAAGUAACUUUAUUAAAAAGAAGAAUGAGCUAUUACAGAAUAGUCCCUUUUACAAUGAAAAAUGCUUCAAAUCAAUACAUGGGUAUAAUUGUGGAAGGGGAAAGCACAGAGAACAUAGAGAAGAAAAUGCUGAUGUGGACGAAGAAUUGGAUUACGAUUUGGCUGAGUCCAUUGGUGAAGCGGAAUAUUAUGCAAGAAUGAAUCACUUGAAUGACCCACAUAAGGCGGGUCAUGAAGGAGUUUCCAGUGCCGGGGAUACUAAACAUGCUACAGGAAAGAGUGACCAUGAUUAUUACGACAGUAAAUAUGAUGAUAGUAAGUACGGAACUCAUUACUACAGUGAUGGUAGCACCUCUACAAGUUCAUGUCUGUUUUACAUGUCCAAAAAAUUUUACCUGUUGAAUAAGUUAUCUCAGAACCCCAGAAAAAUUGUACAGAAAUAUAUCGAAUUUAAAGAACACCUAUCCGGAUCAAAGGGCACAUUAGAUGACUUCCUCGACAAUGAGUACUACAGCACAACGGAAACGAUAAACACUGUUUUGGCGGACGAUAUUCAGAAGGCCGUUGAUUAUGAUGAGAAGGGGGACCAGAGCAACAACAACAGCGGCAGGGGAUUGUUGUCCUCCAUGUUCCGCCACUUUAUUUCGCUGUUUUACUUCCCGCAGAAAAAUGUAGAGUUGUAA